AUGAAUCUCCGAAUAAUCACGAAAUCACUUAUUUCAGAAGACUCAAAUAUUAUCGUGGGAGUCUCUGAUGGGGCCCAAAUAUGGGCCGAUACACCGUGGCCAUUAAUCCCAACAACCGAAAAGGCCUCAAAACAUGCGGCCAUUUACAUCGCAAAAGAGAUGACAUACACCCAUAAUUGUAUGCUCCAAGGUCUGAAUAGCAUCUACCACCAAGCGGAGAAUGUCCGGCAAUACGAAGAAAUCGCGGAUUUUCUGUUUUUUGUUAAGUGCUGGACAGGCUGGGUAUCUCGUCACCAUAUUAUGGAAGAAGAAAUGAUGUCCCCGGGGUUUGAGAAGUUGAAGACACUCCAGGAUUAUAGCGCCCAGACGCAACCUUUGAAUUUUGAUGCCUCGAUUAUCCGCAAUUUUAUCGAAGAGAUGGGUCCCACUUUCCGCGAUCAUCUAGGCGAUGAAAUUGACAGUCUUCUCCGAAUGAUUCAUUAUAACUCGAAGGCUUUGAAGGUGUAUAAAAGCUGUGUAGCCGAGGUAGCCAAGCAAGACAAGUUCCCCAUGGUUCUUGGACUGCGAGAUGUCACAUUCGAGAGUGGUAAUCAGCGGCCUUCGCUGCCUCCCAUGGCUGACUGGAUUAUCAACUAUCUCCUUGCCCGCAAGCAUGCUGGCGCAUGGCGUUUCCUUCCUUGUGACGGUUGGGGAAAGCCUCGUUCUCUGGUAUUUGGACUUAAGCCCGAGGGAAAAGAAAAAGAAAACACAGACAACAAGAAGGAAUGA